UGUUCAGCCAACCCGAUUUGUGUAUUUUCUAUGUCAGGGCAAGGUUCGAGCAUAGGGCAAGGUUCGAGCACAGGGCAAGGUUCGAGCACAGAUUAUGAUGUAGUAGUACACGUGGACUUUAACGAUGCAGGUCUUCCAGUCGGGCGUCGGAGGAACCGAUUGGUGCGGGCCAUUGCUAGUCAAGUUACACAUUGUGACCUUUUUAGUCCUUGCAUUUCUUGGCCUAAGCACAAAAAAGACGGUCGGGUUGAGCAAUUGUGGUUACGAUUCAAGGACAAAUGGAAACUUCCUGAUCGAGAUGCUACGAAGAAAGUUGCAAGAUCAAGAUUUUCUUCUGUUAGAAAUGAAGAGUUGGAGACUACAGUCGAACUCUUAGAAGGAGAAUUGCAAGAAUCGCGAAAUGAAGUGAGCUCACUUAAAGAAUCUUUUAACUCAUUACUUAAUACUUUAAGACAAAAAGGAAUUGUCGAUCAGCCCAUCUCCAAAACUCCAAAUUCGGGUACUUCAAAUGACGGCGAAGAACGACUCAAUUCGGAUUAA